GUGCCCUCCAAGACCGCGCGUCGCCUGCCAGCCGCUCUGCGAGCCGGGGCGCCAGUUGGGGACCGCAGUUCACGAGAGCAGUGAUUCCCAGGCUUCCUCAAUGAUGUUCCCCAUUUUCUGACACUCUUACCGCUGAGGUCGAAUUUUCCUUUUUACAAGAAGAAAAUAUUGGUGAAGAAUUAUCCAACAACAAAAGGACUUGUGUCUGUUACCACAGACAAGAAGAAGGGAGGCAGAUUCCAGCCUUUUAAGAAGUUGUUUGGCAAAAGGAAAAAGAAAGACACUUCAUUGUCCCGGGAGGAGUCGGUGGGGAAGAAGAGUUCCUCUUCCCAGAGUGUCAGCAAUGAGACCUUCUCUUCAGAUGAGGAGACCCUGGAGGACAAUCUAAGGUCCUUCAACUAUUCUAUGGGAACCCGGGCGCUUUCCCAUGACAGUAUUUUUAUCCCUGAUGGGGGAGCAGAAAGUGAGCAGACAGUUCAAGCAAUGUCACAGGACAACAUCCUGGGCAAAGUCAAAACUCUUCAGCGACAAUUGGGCAAGAAUAUCAAGUUUGGGCAGCGGCCACCCAAUGCCAUUCCCAUGAAGAAGGCAGGCAGUGGAGAGGCCAGCUCAGAAGAGGACCUGUUCCUGGCCAGUCCCAUGGAAAUUGUCACUCAGCAGGACAUCAUCCUCUCAGACGCUGAGAACAAAUCCAGUGAUACGCCAAGUUCUCCGAGUCCUCUGAAUCUCCCUGGAGCUGGAAGUGAGAUGGAAGAGAAGGUUGCUCCAGUUAAACCGUCUCGGCCAAAAAGACACUUCUCUUCUGCUGGCACCAUUGAAAGUGUCAACCUCGAUGCCAUCCCCCUGGCCAUCGCUCGCCUGGACAACAGUGCUGCCAAGCACAAACUGUCUGUUAAGCCAAAAAACCAGAGGGUGUCAAAGAAGCACAGGCGGCUUGCCCGGGAUCGACAAAAUGAACCAGGUGGCCUUGAUAGGCAGCCUUCCCUGGACCAAAAUGGACACCCAGGAGAAGACAAGCACAUGUGGCUUGAAGAGGAACCGGAGCUGCUGGAUUCUGAGGAAGAGAAGAGACACCAAGAAGACUACUGGCGAGAACUAGAGGCCAAGUGCAAGAGGCAAAAGGCAGAAGCAGCAGAGAAGAGACGCCUGGAAGAGCAGAGGCAGCAGGCCCUGGAGAGGAGGCUGUGGGAAGAGAACAGAAGGCAGGAGCUCUUGGAGGAGGAGGGCGAUGAAGUGGGGGGCGAAGAGGAGGAACUCCAGAUAGAAAUGGAAAAGGAAAGGGGGCCUGGGGAAGGGCUGCAGCGGGGCCCAGAAGAGCAAGGUUGCCGAGAACAAGAGCAGAGGGAGCCGGAGGACGGAGAGCGCCUGGAGGCUGAGGAACGGAGUCCCCUGCAGGAAGAGGCCCAGCGGCUGGAAGAGCUGAGGCAGCGCGUGGCCGAGAGGCAGCGUGAAGCCGAGAGGCAGCGUGAAGCCGAGAGGCAGCGGCAGGAAGAAGAAAAGGAGUUGAAGGAACUCCGAAGGCUGGAGGCGCAACGGCAGGAGGAGGAGGCCAGAAGGCUGGAGGAGCAGAGGCAGCGGGAGGAGCUGGAGGCUCAGAGAAGGUGGGAGCAGGAGGAAAGGAAACGACUGGAGGAGCUCAGACAGCAGCAAGAGGAAGAGAAGCGAAGACAAGAGCUGAUAUGGCAGGAGGAAAUGGAGGCUCCUGGGCCGCAGGAGGCCCCGAAGGAGCUUGGGGAUACGCUACAGAGGCCACAGAGACCGGAGGAAGAGAGGCAGCCACAGGUAGAGGCCCGCAGAGGCCCGAGGAGCGCCCUGCAGAAUGGCUUUGAGGAGAAGCCAGAAGAUGGAGAAGACCUAGAACUCAGAAGGCAACGAGAAAGCUCCGAGCAGGAGCAGAAGCAAGACGCGGGGCAGGCAACAGAGCAGCCUGGGAAGAGGGGCGACUUUCGCGAGGAUGAUCUUCGCGUCGUGGAGGACAGGAGAGAAUCAGCCAAAAUGGACCCUCCCCAGCAGCAAGAGGAGCAGAAGGAAGAAACGCUGCCCCUGGGGGAGAAGAACGAAGCCUCCACUCCAGAAAAGGAGAGAAAGGUGGAGGAGCUCAGGUGGCAGGAGGUGGAUGAGAGGCAGACCAUGCCCAGGCCCUACACGUUCCAGGUGUCCUCCGGAGGGAGACAGAUUCUCUUCCCCAAGGUCAAUCUGACCCCCGUGACCCCCGCCAAGGACGCGGGACCCAGCCCGGCUGCGCAGGAACCCAAGGCCCCCAGAGCCAGCGCGGCCUCGCACGCCCUGCCCUCCACCCUGAGCAUCCCCCAUACCGCCAUCCUGGUCACUGGAGCUCAGCUCUGCGGCCCCGCCGUCAACCUGAACCAGAUCAAGGACACGGCGUGCAAGUCCCUUCUGGGCCUGUCGGAAGAGAAGAGGCACGUGGACGUCCCUAUUGUGGAACAGCCCGUCCGCGCCCCGGGCGAGUCCCGGGGAGGCGGCGGGAAAGCCAGGCCUCCGCAGGAGUCGCAAAGCAGUGUGACCGCACUGGCCGAGUGGGCCUCCAUUCGGUCCAGGAUCCUGAAGAACGCCGAGAGCGAGCCGCGCGGCGACAGAGAGCAGGCAAGGCCAGCGGAGGAGCCCACUCCCAGGGCCCGAUCUGACUCCCGCGGGAACCUCCGCAAGACCCCGCCCGUGAACGCCAAGUUCUCCAUAAUGCCCGCCUGGCAGAAAUUCGCAGACGGUGGCACCGAGACCCCCAAACAGAAUACGGAGGCAGAGAGCAUUAGAAAAAGACCCGGGCCCGGCGAAGAGACAGCGCCCCCGCCCUCGCCUGUUAGUACCCAGGAGCCCCGGAAGGGUCCAGAGAAGCCAGAGGUGCGCCACGAGCCAGCAGACACCACAGAGGGGUGCAAAUUUGCCAAAGACCUUCCAUCUUUCCUUGUUCCAAGCCUGCCUUCCCCUCCGCAGAAAGCGGUCCACACGGAAUCCACAAGCACUGCGCACAGCGAGGCCACAAGUGGUGUAGCAAAGCCAGACCCCGGGAUGCCAGGUGCAGAGGAAAAAGCCUCACCUUUUGGAAUAAAGCUGAGAAGGACCAACUACUCCUUGCGCUUCCACUGCGACCAACAAGCGGAACAAAAGAAGAAGAAGAGGCACAGCAGCACGAGUGACAGUGGCGAUGGGGGGCCUCCUGCCGGGGCCAGCGCCAAUGCAGACAAAGAGACAGAGGGCGUGGCCCCCAAGCCUGGCCCAUCCCUCCCCCAGGAAAGGAAGCAAGUCCUAACCCCUCGAAGGGACUCUGCUGAAAUCCCUGCCAGCCACCCUCCUCCUGCAGCCCAGCUGGGACCCCCACCGUCCAGCAGCCAGGCCCCAGCUCCAGAGCACGACAAGGGAGCAAACAAGAUGCCAUUAGGGCAGAAACCAGCACUGGCUCCCAAGCCUGCCAGCCAGACCCCGCCGCCAUCCCCGCUCUCCAAACUAAGCAGGCCCUACCUGGUAGAGCUGCUGGCUCGCAGAGCUGGGAAGCCAGACUCUGAGCCCAGCGAGCUGUCCAAGGAGGGCCAGGAGAGCAGUGGUACCCAGCCACCAUCACCACCACCCCCAGAGGAAAGGAAGGGACAGAAGAGGGAAGAGGAUGAGGAAGAGGUGCUGGAGAAGAAACCUUCUUCCCCACCUCUGUCUACCACUCUGCUAGAGAGACCUUCCCAAACGCCUGAGGCAGGGAGGAAAGAGAAGCCGGUGCUUCAGAGUAGGCACUCUUUAGAUGGCUCCAAAAUUACAGAGAAAGUUGAAACUGCCCAGCCACUGUGGAUAACGUUAGCACUACAAAAGCAAAAGGGGUUUCGUGAGCAGCAAGCAACCCGAGAGGAGAGAAAGCAAGCCCGAGAAGCCAAACAGGCAGAAAAGCUCUCCAAAGAAAACGUCAGUGUGAGCCCGCAGCCUGGAAGUGGCAGUGUCAGCAGAGCAGGUUCCCUGCACAAAUCCACAGCUCAGCCAGAAGAGAAGAAGCCUGAGACUGCAGUGUCCAGGCUCGAGCGCAGAGAACAACUGAAAAAGGCCAACACUCUCCCUACAUCUGUGACAGUGGAGAUCUCAGACUCAGCUCCCCCAGCACCACUGGUGAAAGAAGUCACCAAGAGAUUCUCCACCCCAGAUGCUGCCCCUGUGUCCACGGAGCCAGCCUGGCUGGCUUUGGCCAAAAGAAAAGCGAAGGCCUGGAGCGACUGUCCACAGAUUAUUAAGUAAAAAGUAACUCUUACCCAUUCCUAUUGCCUGUUAUUGGCUCCUCUCUUGCCCUUUUU